GUAUGGUGUCUCUCACUUCCAAACACCAUAAGAGAUAAGUGAGAGACUUGUAGAUUUCCGGCGAGAACCGUUAUUAAAAUUUCCUAUUAUCAGAGAUAAUGAUUUCUGUUGUUAUAAUCACUGAGCUACUGGUCGAGUACACGACGGCACUCGCGAAACUCGCGGCCGGGAUUCUUCCUAGACGGCGAGGAGACGGUGACGUUAUAAGGAUUGGUGGUUUCUCUCUCCGUUUUCCUUCUAGAUCGACACCUGUUCCAGAUUUCUCUUCUCAUCUAGUUGAUUUCUGAUCUGCGCAAAACCAACUUUCUCAGAUCUCAGUUUUGUGUUCUUCUCCGGAGCUUUCUAGGAGAUCGUGGCGGAUGAGAGACUUCGUUUUGAAGAAACUUUCUCUAGAUUUUGUGUUGAGUGCUUGGUCAGAGCUUUGUAUAAUUGUAUCGAGUUAUUAAUAGAGAAUAUGGUUUUGAAGACUUCGUUUUGAAGAAACUUUCUCGUAGAUUUUUUUGGCUUCACUCUUCUCUUCUGACAAGACGCACUUGUCUGUUUUUUUUUUUUUUUUUGGAACAACAGACGCACUUGUCUGUUUAGACUUUGUUCUUUACCUUUUAAACCAUCGUAUAAGCCAACUGGUUGUAUGGCGAUGGUUGCAACUUGUAAAAUAAACAAUCAAGUUCGUAAAACCAAAACUAUCGUUUUGACUGGUA